CGUAUGCGCAGUAAGCUCCUCUAUUGUCUCUCAGCAGCAGCAGCAGCAGCACACGCUCAAUCGAUCUCCAGGCAGACGGAGGGAGGACCAGCGGACCUCUGGACCGAUACACUGGACGGGCAUCAUGGCUGAUGUAUUUUCAGUCAGUCCUCUCUGAAUAAGAGAGCGCUUUUGCAUUCAAAGUACUGCGGAUGUGUUGUUGCGCCUGGUGAUUUUGGACAGGCUGUCCUGUCAGUUGCUUAUAAGCGGAGAACGUGUUGCGUUUUUGCUCGCGCGAACGGCUUUAUUUCCACCCCCUUGUUCCCUAAGGUGAUUAUUGAGACUUUAGGUCCAUGAUUCGACCAGGAACAUGUGCUGUCGCGUCUGCGAGACACAGCUGUUUUAGUCAGACUUGACAGCCGCGGAUUUCAGCGCUUGUUUUGGUCUCUUGUUUGAAGGAGGCUCGAGAAGCGCCGCAGGGCGAUCCGUGACACCCUUUCCGCGACACCCCCACCCAUUUUUAGCGGAUACUUUUGGAUGGGGGGCAAGCAGAGUACGGCGGGGCGGCCCCGGGGAGCUUUUCCCGGUGUCUCGACGGAUGACAGCGCGGUGCCACCUUCGGCCCACUUCGGACACUACCGGCCAGGUGGCACGAUGGGACUGCGCAGCCGCUCGGUGAGCUCCGUGGCGGGGAUGGGCAUAGAUCAUAGCGCCACGGUGCCCUUCGGGUUUUACAACCCCAGAGGAACAGACUCGGACAGAGCUGGAGGGGGGUCUGUCCCGGAUCCUGCUCAUAACGGUAAUGGAUACCAAGAAACGGGCGGCGGGCACCACACGGACGGUAUGCUUUACCUGGGACCCCGGGCGUCGUUGGCAGACACUUUGCCCCUGCACAUUGCGCCCCGAUGGUUUAGCCCCAAUAGCGGAUUUAAGUGUCCUGUCUGCUCCAAAUCAGUGGCAUCCAAUGAGAUGGAGGUUCACUUCAUCAUGUGUCUGAGCAAGCCACGCCUCUCCUACAACGAUGACGUGUUGUCAAGAGACGCAGGAGAAUGUGUAAUAUGUCUGGAGGAGCUACAGCAGGGAGACACCAUCGCUAGACUGCCGUGCCUCUGUAUCUAUCACAAAAGCUGUAUAGACUCCUGGUUUGAGAUCAACCGCUCCUGCCCUGAACAUCCUUCAGACUGACCUCCAUCAUCUUCUUCUGCUACCACUGAGAAAGGGCACUUUAUGGACCUAAACCUGGGUAUCCUGACACAAAAAAACCCCCACAUAAAUCAAUCUACCAACCAAUUCGACCAAAAUCCACAGAAACGGACAUGUGUCAUCGCAAAACUGAACCGAAUAAAAGCCUUCAUCCAGCUAACACCAUCCUUACCACUUGCAGAAUCCCAGAAUCCCCUGCCCGCUGUGCUAGAGACUGCUAAAACUGCUAACCGGCCCCUUCACGGCAAAACCACAAACACCGGAUCUCUGGCUUUGGAAAAUGUCCCGCUUUCUUGCCCCCUCUAUAUACUCUGUGUUCUUAUCGCCGUGUGUGUUCAGUCCACUCCUCUCUCCUUGUGUAUGUAAUCAGACGGAAGGAGAUGGGAAUGAGGGGGCGGGGCAACACGAGGGGCGGGGCAUAUGCAGUAAAUAAGUAGGAAGUAGACUAUGCUUUGCAAACUAAUCCGGAGGCCAUACCUGACCUGUCAAUCAAACGAUGCUGAUUAUAGUGGUGUGGCAGGGGGGCGGGGUUUCACACCUGGUUGGUGGGAGGAGUUUUGUGUGCGGUUCACUUAUUAGUGAUAUGUUGGACAGCCGGUGGACGUAGAUUUACUUAUUCUGUGUGUGCAUGUGCGUGAUCAUGUGUCCACAAGCAGGGAAAUGUGUAAAUUGUGUUUCCUGUUAGUGCCAGAGGAAGUCCAAGACAUCAGCAUGUGUGUUGGGAUGGGGGUUUACAGUCACAAACGGCGAGAAAGAUACACUCUUGGUCUGUCUUCAAAUGUUUACAAUUCACGAUAGAUGUCUUUCCCCUACAGAUUCUGAAACAAUAAGAAGCUCAAAGCUAUUUUCCUAGUUUCAUCUGCAAUUUUUUGGGGCAGUUAUUAUGAAGCGCUGACCAUAAUAUUCGGACAGUUUCCCUGUAAAUGCCUUGAGUACGUGUAUUCAGUGUGUGUGUGUGUGUGUGUGUGUGUGUGAUUUCGGCUUCUGUCCAUCCUCCCAUGUUUUCUGUAUGUGACCGAUCAGCUUGCGUCUGGUAAGCUAAUGUUGCUUCACUACUGUAUGUAAAGCCCAGAUAUACUGGUGUCAGUCUAUUACGAGAUCAUUUCUAUGAUCUGCAUUUACUUUUUAUUUUUGAAAAAUCUGUGAGAAACCUCACGAGAAAUCUAUUUAACCUUCAGGAUGCCUCUGUCUACUGUAUAAACAGCAAGCACUGUUAGAAAAUAAUGUUGCCGAAAUUGUAAAAAAUUAUUUAAAAAAGGAGUCAAAUAAAAAGGUAGAGAGAAAAAAAUAACCGCAAGAAAACAUUUGACAGCCUAUUACUUUUUGUGUUGGAUAAAAGUAGAGCAUUUCUGAGUUUUUUUUCUGCUUUGUGCCUGUAAAUGAGGACAUACAAACACCAUCCAUCAAAACAAUGGAGAAUAAUUACGCCUCACCGUCUAAAACAAAUCAAACAGAUAAUAAACACAGAGUCAGGUAGCGUAGCACUAUCUUGUGCAGCAUGGGCUGCAGAAAGUGACUCGGCACUCUCGAAACCCAUCCUUUUAUUUUAUUUUUUGUCUGUUAUUUUGUAUGUUUUUCUUUUCUUUUUUUCCAGGGACAUGAACGGAUGCCUGUUUUAGGAGGUACAAACUAAGUAUCUGAUGAUUUUGAUGUGCAAUCUGUGGGAUGAGUAAUAAUGAUGAAGAUCAUACAUAUAAUUAAAACAAGAUGAAAUCAAA